AUGCGCGGUUCUUUGGUCUGUUGACAAAUACCGGGGGAGGGACCACUGCGCCUCAGUCGCUCGAGUGAGUAAAGGUGGUCUCCUCUAUUAAGACUGCAGACAUGAAAAGCCAACAGAAAAGCCCUGACCCAGACGGCAGUGUUUCCGUCAACGACGAGGGGUCAGCAGCCACCGCAGAGGACCACACGGCCAUCGCCACUAUUCAAUCUGCGACCACGUUCUCCGAUCAGCCAAUCAAGUAUCUAUUCAAGACGGAGGGGGCAGGAGGACAGGUGACCUACCGAGUGAUCCAAGUGUCAGAUGGCCAGCUGGAGGCUCAAGCGGACGGGGGGGCUGCUGUCAACCUGGUCACUGGCUUUCCUGCGGCCACGCCGUCCGUCACACAGGCUGUGUUCUCUCAAUCUGAAGGGGUUGAAGGAGACGGUACAGAGACACAGUACACUUACUAUCCUGCCACCAUUGCUGAUGCCACAACGGGCACCAUGGUUACCACUGUACAAUCGUCUGACACGUUGCUGGGUCAGACCACACCUGCAGGACAGCUGUACGUGAUGAUGUCACCCCAGGAGGUUUUGACUGGAGCCAAUCAGAGGACGCUAGCACCACGCACACAGCCGUACAUUGCAAAACAGGAGGCUCCCCGGGCGUCCAGGGAUGAAAAAAGACGCGCACAGCACAAUGAAGUUGAGCGCAGGCGAAGAGACAAAAUUAAUAACUGGAUCGUGCAGCUGUCAAAGACCAUCCCAGACUGUACUGUGGACUACACCAAGACGGGCCAGGUGAGCAGUAAAGGGGGAAUAUUGUCCAAAGCCUGUGAUUACAUCAAGGAGCUAGGACAGAGCAAUGACAAGCUCAGAGAAGACAUAAGCACUCUGGACCGGCUCAAGAUGGACAACCAGCUCCUACGGCAGGAGGUGGAAGACUGGAAGGCCAAGAACCAGAACCUGAGGAACCUUCUGAGGCAGCACGGCAUUGUGGGAGCAUCCAACACUGACCCCCAGUGAAGCUGUCGGGCCAACAGCUGUGGUGGCAUAUUGGACUGUUUGGGCCAAAUCAAUAUUAAAAUGUGUUUAUUUACCUUGACAGACCAAGUGUGCAUGAAAGGGUAAGGAACGAAAACUAGGAUCGUUUUUAAAUACCUAUAACGGAAAUGCACCCCCAAUUACAUUUUUAUGCAUUAAAUAUGAAAUCAAAGGAUCUACUACACAUUAUAAACACUUUAAAAUGGAUAAUAAAUGUUUAUCUUGUAGCCUUUUAAAUGCCUACCACAACAGAUAUGCUACGAUGGUUUUGUCCAAAUUUAAUAAGCUCUUAUAUGAACAAUUUUCAUGUACAAAAAAUGUCUUUGUUGUAUCUCAAUUCUCCAGAAGGUUUUAUUCUCUGUGGGUCAAUUCCUUUUUUCUAUUAUUUUCAGUUUGACACUGAUAAAUUAUGUCAUCCAAGUAAGAGUUACCUGGCUUCUUUUGUAUCACCAAGCCCAGCUGGAGACUAGAUUAAUUGCAUUGCAACAAUGUAACUAACUGAAUGAAAUGGUGUUUGUAAGCAUUGCAUUGUAGGACGCCUAUGUAUGUCUUUAUACAAAUAAAAAUGAAUAACAUAG